AUGGAAGAUUACGAUGAAUCUUCUGUCAGUAAAAGAGGUAAGCGGCGUAGACUUAAAACCGAAGCAAGAGACUCUAAAAAGCGCGCAAAGUUAAAGCACAGGGACGAUUCUCUAGUCUUACCAAAAAGACGUUCAGAUCGUGUUUCCAAGAAGGAAAAAACGGUUGAUCAGCUAUGUGAAGAGUUAGGGAUAGAUGACGUAGAGAUGACCUACUCAACUGAAGACUUUGAAAACUGGACCAUCCAAAAACUAUUUGACCAGUAUGUUCGUCCUUUGAUAGCAAACAAAAACCCAAAUGCAUCGAAAGAAGACGUUCAAAAAGUGUUAGAUGCUAAGUGGAAAGAAUUCGCCAUAAUGAAUCCUUAUAUCCCAAAAGGAGAGGAAGACUUAGACGAUGAUUUCGACGAUGUUGACACGGAAACCCAGGAGGAUGAAGUUUCUGACAUCCGUAUUCACAAUAUGUCAUUCAAAAAACGUAAAGGUGCUAUGGGGAAGCACACGGUUCAAAUAUCUUCGGCCGGGUAUGCAACUCCACUUUCUACUGGAGCGGGCAGUGAGGCUCCCAGUCAGUCCCCUCCCCCUUCACCCGCUCAUGUACCAGCUGCAACACCGCCUUUGAAGAUUCGGAUAAGCAAGAAAAAGAAAAAGCGUGGUCGUAAAAAAAUUGAGGAGCAGUCUGUUGGAGGCCAUAACACAAGUGAUGAAGAAUUCGAACGACAGUUAGAAGAGGCCGAACUAGCUCAAGAUGAAGAACGUGAUCGUCGCAAGCAACGGGCAGGUAGGCGUCCUACUGCUGGUGGGAAUGGCCCUGGGUCCAAAUUAGUCGAUUCGAGUUUCCUGUCUAGUAAAGUAAACCAUACUCACCAGAAGACAACUGCUCGAUUUCCCCUGGUUGUUGCACGCACUUUUACGAAAAUCGGCGAGGAAGAAGGUUAUGAGACCGAUCAUCAGGAUUAUUGCGAAGUUUGUCAACAAGGAGGUGAAAUAAUGCUGUGUGAUACAUGUCCACGUGCAUAUCAUUUGGUGUGUUUAGAUCCAGAGUUAGAAGAAGCUCCAGAAGGAACUUGGUCUUGUCCCCAUUGUGAGAAGGAAGGUAUCACAUCCGUUUCUAAAGGAAAUAAGGAGUGUGAAGAUAGUGGAUCUGAACCAGCUGUAACAUCUGACAAGGAUGGAAAAAUAGUGUCUGCUGUUCACCCAACCUCUCCUGAAAAAGAUGAACAUCAAGAAUUUUGUACGGAAUGUAGAGAUGGUGGUGAUCUUAUUUGUUGUGAUAACUGUCCAGCUAGUUACCACAUAGCUUGUUUAAUUCCACCCCUAGCUAAUAUUCCUGAAGGAGUUUGGUUGUGUCCACGUUGUGGCUGUAAGCCACUAAAAGCCAAGGUGUGUAGAAUACUUACAUGGAGAUGGUUUGAACCUCCUAAAAUUACCGAUGAACUUGUCCAUACACACUAUCAUCAGCGUUCACAAGAACAGGUCCAUGAAGUAAAAAGUGAGGAAACGUUAAAUGCCGAAAUUGUGUCGGGGAAUGUUUGUACUGUUCCUGAUCAAGAUUCUAAAUCAGAUAACAUUCCAGUCAUCUCAGUACCAAUAGACUCGGAUAAAGCCGCUGUUAAAUUUUUAGAGGAUAAUGAAUCAAAACCUGUUAUAGAAGAUAGUAACUCUUUAAAUACAAAACCACAGCAUAUUUCAAUUAAACCACUUCACGUAAGACGUCCCACAAGAGAAUUUUUUGUCAAGUACUCAGAUUUGUCAUACUGGCACUCUGAAUGGCUCACUGAACUACAGUUAGAUGUUCACCACCCAAUCAUGCUGCGAAAUUAUUUCAAGAAAAAUGAUAUGGAAGAGCCUCCACUUCCUGAAGAUGGAAGCACCUAUAGGGGUCGAGCUCGUGAAAAGGUUGCAGAUCCCCACAAUUUAGAAGAACGCUUCUAUAAAUGGGGUGUUAGACCGGAAUGGUUACAACCGCAAAGGAUCAUCGACCAUAGAACUGGUAGAGGAGGUCAGACCUGGUAUCUAGUUAAAUGGCGUGAUUUACCAUAUGAUGAAUGCACAUGGGAAGCACGAGACGGUGAAGUUGUUGAUAUGGAUAAAUUCAUUGAAGAAUAUCGUACAAUGCGUAAGGUCUUCAUGGGACAUUUAUGUAGCACCGUGGGUCCUGAUGGUUCAUUGUCGGUUGUCAGUUUGUGCAAAAGACAUAAACCUGGUCGCCGUUCUUCAAAAGAGCUGGCUGCUGAAAAUUUAAGUCCUGAAUUACUCCGUAAACUACCACCAGAUAAAUGUUUGACAGAUUUAAAGAAACAAUACACUUCUCAACCAAGCUUUCUUGAUGAAACAGAUGGACAGUUGCAUGAAUACCAACUGGAAGGUGUCAAUUGGCUUAGGUUUUCCUUCGGUAACAAAAUCGACACAAUCUUAGCUGAUGAGAUGGGUUUGGGGAAAACGAUCCAAACAAUUGCUUUCCUUUAUUCUCUGUACAAAGAAGGUCAUUGUCGUGGUCCUUUCCUUGUUGCCGCUCCACUCUCAACAAUUAUUAACUGGGAGCGUGAAUUCGAGUUUUGGGCUCCAGAUCUUUAUGUGGUCUCUUACAUUGGCGAUAAAGACUCACGAACAGUUAUAAGAGAGCACGAAUUCUCAUUCGAUGAGGGUGCUGUCCGUGGUGGUGCUAAAGCUAUGAAAAUGAGAACCGGUACUUCAGUCAGAUUUCAUGUACUUUUAACAAGUUAUGAGUUAAUUAGCAUUGAUCAAGCUUUACUAGGCUCCAUAGACUGGGAAGUUCUUGUUGUAGAUGAGGCUCAUCGACUAAAAAAUAAUCAGUCAAAGUUUUUCCGUAUCUUAACAACCUAUAAAAUUGGAUAUAAGUUAUUGCUAACAGGAACUCCUCUUCAAAAUAAUCUAGAAGAACUUUUCCACCUACUACAUUUUAUGACCCCUGAGAAGUUCAACGAUAUGCAAGGGUUCUUAGAUGAGUUCGCUGAUAUAUCAAAAGAAGAACAAGUAAAAAAACUUCACGAUAUGCUUGGUCAACACUUACUUAGGCGUCUUAAGGCUGAUGUGCUACAGGACAUGCCAUCCAAAGGUGAAUUCAUCGUCAGAGUAGAGCUUAGUCCUAUGCAAAAGCGUUACUAUAAAUUUAUACUUACUCGUAACUUCGAGGCUCUGAGUUGUCGCAGUGGAGGUUCUCAAGUUUCUCUUAUCAAUAUUAUGAUGGACCUCAAGAAGUGUUGCAAUCACCCUUUCCUUUUUCCAUCUGCGGCUGAGGAGGCACAGCGUAUGCCCAAUGGUGCUUAUGAAGGUGUCGGACUACGGAAAGGUUCUGGGAAACUGGAACUUAUGAGCAAAAUGCUGCGCAAAUUGUAUGAAACAAAACAUCGUGUGCUGAUUUUCUCUCAAAUGACUAAGAUGUUAGACCUGUUAGAGGACUUUUUAGAUUCUGAAGGUUAUAAAUUUGAAAGGAUCGAUGGUGCAGUUACAGGACAGCUUCGUCAAGAUGCUAUAGAUCGUUUUAAUGCCCCUGAUUCUCUCUCCUUUGCGUUUUUAUUAUCCACCAGGGCAGGAGGUCUAGGCAUAAAUUUAGCUUCCGCAGAUACAGUCAUCAUAUAUGAUUCGGAUUGGAACCCACAUAAUGACAUCCAAGCAUUUUCUCGUGCCCAUCGUAUCGGUCAGUCCAAUAAAGUUAUGAUUUAUCGGUUUGUUACUCGUGGAACAGUUGAAGAACGUGUUACACAAGUGGCUAAAAAGAAAAUGAUGCUGACUCAUUUAGUUGUUCGUCCUGGUUUAGGCGGUAAAGGUUCAUGUCAAAUGUCUAAAAAAGAACUGGAUGAUAUUCUUAAAUUCGGAACUGAAGAUCUGUUCAAGGAAGGCGAAGAGAGCAUGGAAGAUGAACACACUAUCGUUUAUGAUGAUGCUGCUAUUGAGCGUUUAUUGGAUCGUAGCCAGCAAGGGUUAGAAGAAAAAGCUUUAGAAAUGAACGACUAUUUAACCUCCUUCAAAGUUGCUCAUUAUGAAAAGAAAGGAGUUAUUGAAGAAGAAGAUGAUGAAUCGGAGGAUGAAGAUGAAAAUCGUGAAGUUAUCAAACAGGAACUUGAUCCAGCAGAUCCAACGUAUUGGGAAAAGUUAUUGCGCCAUCACUUCGAACAAGCUCAAGAAGAUCAAGCUCGAGCUCUUGGGAAAGGUAAAAGAGUUCGAAAACAAGUUAACUACUCAACAAAUCAAGAAGAAGAAGAAGAGUGGAAUCAGGCUAUGACUGACCAUGAUAGUGACUUUUCUAACAAAGAUGAAGAUGACGAUGAAUAUGAUGAGCGUACGGGUGCAGCCGGUGGCGAUGUUCCCGUUAUGAGUCGUCGCACUCGGCGUGAACGUGAAGGUAAAAUGCCUCCACUUUUGUCUCGCGUUAAUGGACAGAUUGAAGUACUAGGCUUUAAUGCUCGUCAGCGUCGCUCAUUUCUCAAUGCAGUUAUGCGGUAUGGACUACCUCCACGUGAUCAACCUUGGAUGGUCAGGGAUUUAAGAUGUAAGCCUGAUCGAGUGUUUCGAGCUUAUGUUUGUUUAUUUAUGCGUCACCUUUGUGAACCUGAAACAGAGAAUUCUGAUAGUUUCAGUGAUGGAGUUCCCCGAGAGGGCUUAUCUACUCAACAUGUUCUUAGUCGUAUCGGAAUUAUGGUUCUUGUUCGAAAAAAGGUUCAAGAAUUUGAAAAAAUUAACGGUCACUGGAGUAUGCCAAACUUAGAACCAAAACCUGAAAUGGUAGAUGGCCAGUUGUCAAAAGCUGAAGAUCCUGAAGAAGGGUGUUCAAAGAGUGGCGGAGAUUCAGCCGAUCGUUCUGGAUUCCAGGAAACAGAUAACAAACAGCCUAUAAUCAACGAUGUUGCUACUUUUACCAAAGAAAAAACAGUAAGCAGUAAAGCAAACGUAAACGGCGAAGAAUCCUGCAUAGCAGAUGAUGCUUCUAAAGCCAGUGAUAUGACUGAUCCCAUGGAAAUCGAUGAAUUACGCGUUUCUGUAGGACAAAAUAAAGUGGUAGACGAUCCACCAGCAAAUAUAAAGCCUGAGUUGCAUGUAGAUUCUAUGGGCGUUCCAACAGAAUGUGUAGAAAAGGAGGAUGGGAAUCUGGAGCACUUACAAAACACAAAUGCUAGAGUUAGCCAUCGUUUUAUGUUCAACAUCGCUGACGGUGGUUUCACUGAACUUCAUACAAUAUGGUUAAAUGAACAGCGUGCGUUAAUAAAAGACAGAGAGGCCGAAAUAUGGCACCGCCGUCACGAUUACUGGCUUCUGGCUGGUGUAGUACAACAUGGAUAUGGAAGAUGGCAGGAUAUACACAAUGACCCUCACUAUGCAAUUGUAAAUGAGCCAUUUAAGAAUGAAACUCAGAAAGCCAACUUUUUGGAAAUUAAGAACCGCUUUUUGGCUCGCCGCUUCAAACUUUUAGAACAAGCUCUAAUAAUCGAAGAGCAACUCCGUCGAGCAGCCCUUCUAAAUAUAGCAGCAGACCAGUCCGAGCACAUACAAAGCUUGAACAGACGAUUUACAGAACUUGAAUGUUUGGCUACAGGACAACUUCACUUAUUCAAUGAUGCACUUGCCGGAAACAAAGCUUUAGUACCAUUGCUACACAAAGUGUUAACACUUAUGGAAGACAUCCUGGUUGACAUGAAACAAGACGUUGCCCGACUGGUCAAUUUAUUACCUCGAUUGCCUCCGGUCACUCAGCGCUUACAACUCAGUCAUACAGGACUCCUUGGGAAACUUACACAACAACUCACUGCCAACAAAAACGCUCAGUCGGUACAGGCUCUUAAACAGACCGAAGUUAAAGAAGAGAGUGUGAAUCUUGCCACACCAACUUCGGAAAACCAGCAACCAUAA